UGAGAUCUGCAUGUCCUUUUGUUUCUCUAGCUGUCAUGAUAUGUUGAUCGGGACUUCUUAGAGGCGCUAUGGCGCACAGCAGCGCCUUCGAUGAGGAUUGGAAGCGUGAGGACCUUCCCUUUCCCAGAGACAAGGAGGAGUACAAGGCCUUCGAGCGCUUUGACAAGGCGCUGCAAAGUGCCCAGACCUCGGACAAGGAGAUCCUGUCCGCGAACGUGAACCGCGCAGCCCGCAUUGCCUCCACCCUUCGGACCGAGACAGGCAUCCAACACGUGGUGUGCCGCCUGCUCUUGGUGUCCAAGGACCCAACUCUCUAUCGGGAGACAGUGGUGUACUGCAUUGACUCCAUCUUGCGGCAUGUCACGCAGAAGAGGGAGAAGGAGCUGCGGCUUCGGUAUCAGAGCGAGCUGAAGACUUCUUUGCGCAACGUCUUCAAGCGGGGCAUCGACAGUGACCGGGACUUUCUGGCGGAGAAGUUCUUUGAGAUCCUGAUGAAGUGGCGCGAGAAAGGAUGGUUCAAGGAUGAGAUCGACGGGCUGGUGGAGGUGAUCCACCGGGCCGCGCCCAAGGUGCCCAAGCCCAAGGAGUUCAAGGAGGAAAACAGCGAUGAAGAUAUGCCAGAAGAGCCACAGAUGAUGAUGGCCUAUCCUGCGAGCCUGAAGCCAAUGCCGCAGACGCCCACGAGCAGAGUGCCGCAAACACCAAUGGGUGGUGUUCCCACGACGCCUGUUAUCAAAGGCAUCAUGCAGUCUGUUCCAGCAACGCCGAUGAUGGGGGGCGCAGCGGUACCCAUGACUCCAAUUGGUGCUCAUACAAAGCUCCAGGUGAUGCAAUCUGUGCCGGCGACGCCUGCAGUGGAGAGAGGUGUUCCCAUGACACCGGGCUAUGCAACGCCUGGCUACGGCAGCGUUCCAAUGACGCCGGGCGCUGCAAUGCCAGGCGGGUCGACGCCAGCUAUGGGCGACAGCGUACCCAUGACUCCGAUGGCAGCCUUUGGGCCAGGGGCAGCUACUCCGCUGGUGCACAAGUCAGCCAAUCAGCCUUUUACACCAAGCGGACCGGGAGCACCAACAACACCUAGGGGAGCACCAACAACACCUCAGCCAUUCACGCCGCGAGGCCCGCAACCUAUGACCCCAGCGGGGCCGCCAGUUUCAGCACAACCUGUUACCCCAAGACCGCCACCUUCUACUCCAGCAGGUCCACCGCCUGCGACCCCGGCAUCGCCUGCCCAUCAGCCAUUUACGCCGCGCGGGCCCCCACCCGGUACUCCUGCUGGCGCGCCGCCAGCAACACCAGCCUCUCCCGCGCCGUUUACGCCAGCUGGGCCCCCACCCAGCACUCCUGCCGGUGCACCAGCAACACCAGCCUCUCCAGCCAGCGCACCUUUUACGCCGGCAGGGCCCCCACCCGGCACUCCUGCAGGUCCCCCACCAGCAACACCGGCAGGAAUGCCGCCAGGAACUCCUGCUGGUCCACCCCCUCCAACACCAGCAUCGCCAGGCCGCCAACCCUUCACACCCAUGGGACCUCCGCCUGCCACACCCGCAUCCCCAGGACGUACAAGAGGCAUCCCCCCUCCAUCUCCAGCUGCCCCUGCUGAUCCGAUAGGGUCACGCUCGCCGGGUCGAUCACCUGGCCGGCCACCACCAGCAGCAGCCGCGGUUUCUCAGAUGACACCAGCGACGCCAAUGAGCGAGCAGCCGCAGAGUUUCCGAGCCCAGUCACCUGCGGGGCUUUCUCCUGCCGUUCGUACGCCGCUCAACAUGCCCGUCACCCCAAAGGAAACCCCUGGCACACCAUCCUUUGUGCCGGUGCCGGGCGGAGACGCUGCGCCGGCCACCCCAAAACCGGGUGCCCGGGUGCCUCCGACCCCUUUAGCCAGCGUCCCCGGCACGCCGGGCUUUGCGCCGGUGCCAGGGGGCGAGGCUGCGCCCCAGACCCCCGCCUUCGCACGGAGCCCGACCACCCCACUGCCCAGUACCCCCCACACCCAAGGCCCGACCCCACGGCAGCUGAUGCCUCAGCCAGAGCCUCCCUCGGAAGAGUUCUCCGUCGCCACGUCGAUGCUGACCACCUCGGAGCCGCCCACGGAGGUCUUCACGACCAGCAUCUCAGAGCCCGAGCCGUCCAGCCAGGCGCCGAAGCGCCGCCGGAUGUGAUGCUGACUUCUGCUUGGGCGACAGUCGGUGAAGCUUCCUUCCAGGGUCGCGGUUUCGACUUGGUCGCGGAAAGCGGAGGGAAAGUGGUGAUUGAAGGCUACGUAAUCCA